AAUGGGAUUUUCCAUGUGACAUAAAUAUAAAUAUACAGGAACGCCAAAAAGUACCCCAGCGACAUAUACUACUCGACAGAAAACCACAUCGAGGUGCCCCGAUUAGGUAGCGGGGGAAAUUACAGACAACAACAACAAUGGCGUCACUACUUUAUUUCCAUAUGAAUGAAAAGUAAUGAAUGACAUGCCAUAUAAGGAGAUAUCAGAACAUUUACUGCCUCCUACUUCAUGCAGUGGUUUACAGCAGAUAAGAUUACCGGAUUUCCACACACUGAUGCAAUUGCAGCGCACGGUGCGUGCCAUCGCAUUAUUUUGGUAGGUAUACUGUUGUCGAUUGGUAUAACCUGGGAACACAUAAGGACUAUUUUAACUGGACAUGUACGACCUGUGCGUGAUUGGAGCAGGACUGAUCGGAUCAGCUGCAGCCCGCCAUGCCUCCCUACAACACAAUACCAGAGUGUGUCUUAUAGGACCUGAGGAACCGCAGGAGAGGAGUUUGGGAUCUUCAAGGGAGAUAUUUGGCGCCCAUUACGAUGAAGGGAGGAUCACGCGGUGCUCUGAUCCCGACCCGGUGUGGGCCACUUUGGCGCAGCGAUCUAUAGAUAGGUACAGGGAGCUAGAGGCUACUUCCGGCGUGACAUUCUACACAGAGGCGGGCUGUCUGAUGGCCGGCACAGUCCAGGGGCAGUUCAUGUCUCUCACCCGAGACACAGUAACAUCACAUAGCAUUCAGCACGUAUUCAUCGAUUCUGAAUUACUCAAGAAACGAUUUCCGUACCUCAGCAUGUCCAACACAGACGAGGCAAUCUACGAAACGACAAGGGCAGGCUACAUAAGCCCUAGGGCGCUGAUAUAUGCACAGAAAUUCGUGGCUAUGAAUAACCAAUGUGACGUCAUCAAUGAAGUUGUAUGUAAGGUUUCACGAGAUCACGUCGACGGCAAGUCGUACAUGUCGGUAUUGACAGAGGAAGGUCGGACGAUUAAGGCACAGCGAGUCCUUCUGGCCACAGGAUCUUACACAACCUUCAAAGACCUUCUGUGCACAGGAACGGAACCGGAAGUGACACUCUGUCCGCUGACUGUAGCCAAGGUCGAGGUCAGCGAAGAGGAUGCUAAGCGUGUAAAACAGAUGCCGUCCAUCCUGUACUACGGUCAUGGUGCCCCGGACUGGCCCACAAAAUACCCACGUAAUGCUAGCAACCUCAUCGGCGUAUACGUACUUCCACCCAUCAAAUACCCGGAUGGUAAAUAUUACAUCAAGCUUGGAAAUUUCGCUGACUCUGUGUCUCCACGCCUGACGACCCCAGCGGAGGUGAAAGCGUGGUACUGUGGUGAUGGGAUAUCUUCUCUGGUGACAGAUUCGGCGCGACUCAUCACAGCCAUGACACCAGGUAUCAAGGCAAAGUCCUUUCACGGUGAUCAGUGUGUGAUCCUAGAGACUCCAACCGGUCGUCCCUACAUUGACCUUGUCCAUCCCGGUCUCUGUGUAGCUAUCGGAGGCAAUGGCUACGCCGCCAAGUCUAGCGACGAGAUCGGACGCAUCGCCGCCAUGUUGGUACUGCGUGGAGUAUGGGAUUCAGAUAUUCCUGCCGAAGUAUUCAAACUACGACUUAAACCCAGGCAUAAAACAAAGUCCAACAUUUAAUGUCUGUUUUUCAUCUUUGCCACUUCCUAACAAUCUGGCUCGAGGUCAAAGUGGAAAUCCAUCACUAUGAGACGUACGAACUUGAUAAGAUGCCUACACUUAACAAUGUAUCUUUUCAGUUCAGACAUGCCAAAUUUUCGGGAUCUUUUAUGGAAUUGUCGAUUUUAUAAUAUCAUACAAGGUUGGAAUAUUUAUUAUAUAAUGAAAAGUGUCAGCCCGGGAUAAUGAUUAAAUGAUUACUCACACCAGCGUUUUGGUCUUAUGGACAGUUUAUAUAUUAGUUAAGAAAUACCAAAACCAUAUUCAAUAAGGCAAAGUAUUGCAAGGCAAUCCAAAGUCCCAUACCUAUAAUAAUAAUUUCUAUAUUUAACAAACAGUACACUUAUGUCAGGAUGUACCUAUUAUAAGGAAAGUAUAUCCCGAUAUAUACUCCGUGCACUCCGUCAUCCCAAGAUGUCCUUGUACACCAAAUAUGGAUACUGCUGAUGAAAUAGUAUAGAAGACAUGCACCGGACAAACUUUUUCAAAAGAAAAGGUCAAUUAUAAUGUAAUUGGUCAAAAUGACCUAAUUAUUACACUCUGCACUCCGUCAUCCUAAGAUGCACUUGUACACCAAAUCUGGUUACUCCAGUUCAAAAAGUAUAGAAGAUAAGGGCGCCCAGGACAAACAUUUUCAA